ACAACAAACGUUGUUAUGACGUCAUAAUCAACAUAGCAUUAUUACGUCACAAAUAGUUAACUUUGUUGUUAGAGAUAGUCUUUGGCGUUCUGUAAAGAUCAUGGGUCUUCUUCAAAGUUGUUUUGCCAGAAAUAACAAAGUGGGCGUGAUGAUGGAAGAGAUGGAGGCGUUCGAGAAAGUACGACGUACAAUGGUUACAGAGGAAGUAACAAAAAAGAAAGGCGGUGUAGCCUUUGAUCUUACCUUCGUUUCAGAGGAAACCCCAAGGAUGCCUCCAUCCAGACUGCUUGAAAACAAAAAGGAGGAUUUUGAGAAAUGGAGAGAGUCUCAAGAAAAGUCCCAAGCCGAGAAGCAGGAGCGGGCACAGCAGAACAGAGAGGAAGCCCGUAUCCAGAAAGAGAUUGAAGUGGCCCACAAGGAGAUGGAGAGACUCGAGAAAUAUGUCAACAUCACUGCCGAAUAAAUUUGACUCUUGAUACAUGUAUCAUUGACUCAAAUUUUAAUCAAUACAAUUCUUUAAUCUUGUAAUUUUAAACACUGGAACCAAAGAGGGGACACCCGAGCUCUUUAUUCGCUUUGUUUGGCUUUUAAUUUCACCUCUUUCUUUCUUGGCUUUUUGAUGUUAUAAAAUUUUCAGUUCGCAAUGUGGGGCCUUAGAGACAGAUCUGAGGCUAGCAUUGCGAAACAAAAAUUUAAUUAUUCAAAAAUGUUUACGUCUUUCAGAACUUUGGCCAUACAGAUACCCAUUCCGUCAGGGAUCAGGGAUGGGGGUUCCUCGUCAAAAACUUCUAAACUGUAAAUGAAACAUCCGUUUAGAGAUGUCCAAAAGCUUCGUUGUCCUCUCUUUUCAAAAACCUGUUUUUCAACUGUUUAAUAAACUGAUUAUU